AUGACAGAUAUUAUAUCCAAUAUCAAAAUACAAAAACCAGUACCCAUUAGUAACAGAAGGGUUAGCCUUCAACAGAAUGCGAGCAAUGAUCAUCCUGCCACCAAUAAUAGCCAUCAGAUAAAAUCAACUCCCCUUUUAUCUCACCAUAACAGUUUGCCUGCCAACAGUUAUGCCUUGGCAUCCGCAGAGCCUUUAUCAUUGUCGUAUAAACCUACGAAGCAGCACGAGCUCUUGUUAAAAUCGUCUCUUAAACUCCAUAAAAAUAUUCCUACCAUGGCUAAAUCUGUCCGUUUUAACAUGCCACUUGUCCAAAUUUUGCAUUUCCACGUUCCUUCAACAAACGAAGAGGAAGUGUAUGAUGAGGUUUUUGAAGGCGUAGACGAGGAGGAUGAAGACGACGGCAAUUAUUUUGGAGACGACCAAGACGAUCAAGACGAAGAGGAAGAAAACGAAUUGGAAGAUGCCUUUUUAGAAUUAUUCAGUAAAAGAUUAUCACCAUGCUCCGAUUACGAUCCUAAUCUUUAUCAUCCAGCCAUCCAACAAAGUAUAUUGGAUGCCUCGCUCGAUACAACCUCUCUGGACUUGAAAUUGCCAAACUGGCCAACGGCUAGCCCAUUAAACCGCUCCAUCACUCAAAUGGUUACUUUAGAAAGUUUGGGCUGGGAAAAUGCGCGUAGCAUUAUUAAGGGACGUGUCCUUGUUCGUAAUGUUGCUUUUGAAAAAACCGUAACCGUCAGAAUGUCUUUCAAUCACUGGCAAACGUGGAUUGAUGUUGAUGCACGUUAUGAAGCGUCCUCUGAAGACGCUGCUUUUGAUCGAUUUGUAUUUGAACUGGUCACCCCCAAUCAUCUUUCUUAUAUGAAUCUUAUAAAUAGCGACUCGCAUUGCAGCUUGGCUGUAAAGUAUCAGGUGGAUGGUGCUGAAUACUGGGAUAACAAUUCUGGUAAGGACUUCCUUAUGCAAUGGGCACCACCUUGUGGCUACAGUGCUUUCUUAGGGGCCAAACAAAACAAUGAAACUGCCUACUCUUUCCCUACUACCACCACCGCCAUGGCUACCAUCGCUCUUACCAUGGCCAACACUAAGGCCACCACCAUGUGCACGACCACCAUAGGCACGCCAGCCAUAGUUAAGACCACCAUAGGCACGCCAGCCAUAGUUAAGACCACCAUAGGCACGCCUACCAUGUACACACCCACCAUAGGCACGCCAACCAUAGGCACACCCACCAUAGGCACGACAGCCAUAAACAAGACCACCAUAGGCAAGAAUACCAUAGGCAAGACCACCAUAGGCAAGACCACCAUAGGCAAGACCACCAUAGGUACGACGACCACGACGACCUUUACUCCCAUGCCCACGGUAGUCGGAGGAAGCCAGAUAGCUUCAUUGUUGUUAUUGGAGCAACAGAGAAAGAUUCCUACCCCGGCUAUGCUAUUGUAUCAGGAAGAUCCCAUCAUGCAAUUCCGAAAGGAGGAGUAUUAUCCUACCACAAUCAUUUCAGAUGGCUACCCUGCCUGUAAUAAUAUGUACAUUGAUCCAUCACCCGUAGAUAGAUAUGGAAAGCAAGGCCUGUCUGAUGGUGCAUUUGGUGUCUCUCCGCAACAGCAGCAGAUGAGUGCGCACUUUCAAUACUAUCUGGAUAGAAAAAAACAGGACAACGAACAAGUGAGAGAGUACCACUAUCCGCGUCUGCUUUCAGUAACGGAUCAUGACGAAGGGCCCAUGCGUGUCUCUUUGACGCCUUCAUCCCCGCUUUUAAUACCGCCCAAUAGGAACGAUCUGGUCAUAACUUAG